AAAAAAAAAAAGCUAGAGAGAGAAAGGGGAGGAGAGAGAAGGGAGGCACUUUACCACUUUUUUGAGUUGCACGCAUCUAUGGCAGAAAAUAGAAGGAAUACAAGGACAGGAAGAGAAGAAGAAGAAGAUGAGAGAAUGAAGAAGCUUCAAGUAAUUCAAACACCGCCAUAAUCGACCGACCAAGGAAGAAGAAGAAGAUACACAGAUAGAGAGAGAGAGAGAAACAGAAAGAGAGAGAGAUUAUCAGUUCAAAUUGGAAGAAGAGAAGAUGGGUUACUUGAUUUACAUGCAUUUUGACAAGUCUUUGUGGGUCAGUAGCUCUGAUUGGAGGUCAUAGCUCAGUCAUCUGCUCUGAUUUCAUUUCCCAUCCUUUAUCUAUCUCUCUGUGUGAAAACCCCCCAUUAAUACAGACAGCUUUCUGUUUUGCUCCGUUUUGACAACCUUUUGGUGGUCUUUUGGUAGAACCAGAGUGGGUCUUUUUCUCUUUGAUGAAGGGAUGCCCUUAGAAACCCUUGAUUUUGAGGGGAAGGGGGUUUUUGUAGCUGAUUCUUCUUCAUUUCUCCCUUUCUCAAAUCAUUGGGAGAAGAAGAACAAGAAGAACAAGGUAAGUCCUGGUUUUGGAUUUGGUUUUGGACCUACAUCUAUUCUGGAUUCAAUAGGAAGUCCAAGUCCUCCUACUUCUACUUCAACCCUGUCUUCAUCAUUCCUCGGCGGCGGCGGCGGCGGCGGUGCUGGUUCUACAGAUUCUGCCGGUGUGGCGGCGGUUUCAGGUAAGCAGUCUCAGAAAUGGCCGGAGACGAGCAGUUCCAACAUUGGAGCUGAGUCAGGGUGUGGUAGUGGUAGUUCCGACCUUCAGCACAUCCCUGUCGGCGGGGGAAUAAUAAGGCCCGUCACGGCGGAAGAGAAAUGCGGGCUGGGGAUGGAAGAUUGGGAGAGUGUAUUGUCGGAAUCGGCGGCGGCGUCUCCAAGCCAAGAACAGUCUAUUCUUCGCUGGAUCAUGGGAGAUAUGGAGGACCCUUCUCUAGGGUUGAACAAACUCCUCCAAACCGGCAACGGACAAGCGCCGGAUUACGAUUUCAGCGGCGGAUUUGGAGUCGUAGAUCAAGGGUUUCCGUCGGAUUCUUCAGGUCAGGCAGUCGCCACCGGUUCUAACAGCGGCGGAAAUUUAAUGGGUAUGAAUUUGCCUUCAAACCCACAGAAAUCGAGCAAUGACAAGUUUGGAUUCGCCCAGAACUACAUGAAUCUCUCGAAUUGUAAGGUACCCGCAUCUCAAAAUCCGAUAUUCUCUCCGUUGCCGCCGGGAAACCUUAUGCCCAUUUCACUCUCAACUCCAGCUUUCAAUCCGCCACCGCAGCAGCCUCACCAGUUUAAUAGCUCCGACGUCAAGCCACAGGUUUAUAACCCAAAUCUGAUAAUCAAUCAAAACCAAUCUCAUCUUUUACAAAACCCAUCAUUUUUCUUACCCUUUAAUCAACAAGGCCAAAACCUAAUUAUGCCGCCGCAGGCCAAACGGCACAAUCCCGGCAGCGGUUUCGAUUCCAUUCUUCCCCAUUAUCAACAACAACAACAACAAAAGCCGGCACCCCCGGCGAUGACGGGGAAUAUGAAUAUGAAUUCGAAACCAAAAGGGGAAUCAGAAAACCUAGUAAAUCAGCAGAACCCGCCUCCGCAGGCCAUAAUUGACCUGCUAAUCAAGGCGGGGGAGCUGAUUCAAACCGGGAAUUCGUUACUCGCGCAAGGGAUAUUGGCGCGGCUCAAUCACCAGCUUUCUCCAAUUGGUAAGCCUUUUAAUAGGGCCGCCUUCUACCUAAAGGAGGCCCUGCUUUCUCUUCUCCAUGGAAAUAGCAUGAACUCUGCAACUAACAAUCCUCUAAGUCUCAUUUUCAAAAUUGCGGCUUACAAAUCCUUAUCUGAAAUCUCGCCUCUUCUCCAAUUUGCGAAUUUCACAUCCAAUCAAGCAAUUCUAGAAGCUUUAGAAGGCUGUGAUAGGAUUCAUAUCAUUGAUUUCGAUAUUGGCUAUGGCGGUCAAUGGUCAUCUUUAAUGCAGGAGCUUUCCUUAAGAAACGGAGGUUCUCCUUCCCUUAGAAUCACGGCUUUCUCCUCACCCAACAAUACCCAUGAUCGCCAUCAUCUCGAGCUCGAAUUAACCAGAGAAAACUUGAACCAUUUCGCAAAUGAGAUCAACAUGCCUUUCGAAAUCGAAUUCCGAGCUCUCGAGUCACUGAAUUCCUUCCAUUUAUCUGAUCACGAAACAAUCGCAGUCAACCUCCCAAUCGGUUCCCCGUUCUUCAAUCACAUUGUUCUCCGAUUCGUAAAACAGUUAUCUCCCCAAAUUGUGGUAUCCAUGGACAGAGGAUUGGAGAGGACUGAUCUACCGUUCCCACAUCAUCUAAUCCACGCCCUCCAAUCCAAUUCAAACCUAUUGGAAUCUAUCGAUGCUGUUAAUGUUAACCAAGACGCACUCCAGAAGAUCGAACGCUACUUGAUUCAACCGGAAAUUGAAAAUAUUGUGUGGUCAAGGUUUCAAUCUAUCGAAAAGACACCACAUUGGAGAACGCUUCUAUUAUCGUGUGGGUUUUCCGCGGUGACCUUUAGUAACUUUGCUGAAUCUCAAGCGGAGUGCGUUUUGAAAAGGACGCCUGUUCGAGGGUUUCAUGUGGAGAAGAGACAGUCUUCUUUGGUUCUUUGCUGGCAGCGGAAGGAGAUUGUAUCAGUUUCAGCUUGGAGAUGAUGAUGAUGCUGAUGAUAAAAGGUGCCUGUUUGGUUUUACUAUUUAUUAUCAGUCAAGUAACAUUUGGUGUUUAAAAACAAAUCCUUUCUUGUAAUUUGAAUUUGCUAAUUGUCUCUUUUGGUCCUAUUUAAGCCAACUUAGGUGAAUGAAUUUGUCUUUUGAUGUUAAA